AUGGCUACCAGCGACGUGACUGCUGCCAUCAGGUUUCUCAAUGAUGCAGGACACCUUUUAGCCAUCACGGCUCCUGAAACAUCUGCAUAUCUCAUGAGCCAUCGUAAUGGCCUGAUGUUUGAGCACGAGAUACCGCUCUCUGAUAAGCAGAGAGAGCAUGUCUGCACCUGUUGUGGCCACAUCAUGCUUCCCGGACAAGGGAGCGAUCUGCAAAUCAGGCAGGUGAAGAGAGCAUACAAAAAGCUGGGGCAAACGAGGCAUCCGAAAAAGGACGAGGCUCGUUCCGGCCCGACAAAGGUCAUGACCUGCGGACGCUGCAGCAGGCUGACCGAGGUCAAGCUGCCGGCGCCAGCCCCUAUCUCCAGGCGCCAUCUAGAGGUCCAGAAACCUCAAAAGUCGUCAGAGCCAGCGGUGACCCAAUCUAUGCCUACCGUCAAUUCGGAUACAGUUCCUCAGAAAUCCAGCACGAACGCUAACAGCAAAAAACGUGCCAAGUCGAGAAAGGCCGGAUUGCAGGCUCUGUUGGAUCAAUCGACUGCAGCACGAAACAUGAGGCCUGGGCUCGGCUUGAGUCUAGCAGAUUUCAUGGAGAAGAAGUGA